AAGGAGUGGGGCUUCCCGCUCUCAGCCUUUAAGGAGACAGUGCGCAUGCGCCACCUCUCUCUCCUUUUCCGGCUGGAACCAUGGAGGCUGUUCCAGAGAAGAAAAAGAAGGUUGCCGCUGCCCCAGAAACCCUUAAGAAAAAGGUUACUGCUGUGCCAAAAACUCUAAAGAAAAAGAUUCCUGCCGUGCCAGAAACCCUUAAGAAAAAACGAAGGAAUUUCGCAGAGCUGAAGGUGAAGCGCCUGAGGAAGAAGUUUGCCCUGAAGACACUGCGAAAGGCGAGGAGGAAGCUCAUCUAUGAGAAGGCAAAGCACUAUCACAAGGAGUACAGGCAGAUGUACCGGACUGAGAUCCGGAUGGCCAGGAUGUCGAGGAAGGCUGGCAACUUCUAUGUGCCUGCAGAACCGAAAUUGGCGUUUGUCAUCAGAAUCCGAGGUAUCAAUGGAGUAAGCCCGAAGGUCCGCAAGGUGUUGCAGCUUCUUCGUCUUCGACAGAUCUUCAAUGGCACCUUUGUUAAGCUCAAUAAGGCGUCAAUUAACAUGCUGAGGAUUGUGGAACCGUACAUUGCAUGGGGGUACCCCAACCUGAAGUCAGUAAAUGAGCUCAUCUACAAGCGAGGCUACGGCAAAAUCAAUAAGAAGCGGAUUGCCUUGACAGAUAAUUCCUUGAUUGCUCGAUCUCUUGGUAAAUUUGGCAUCAUCUGCAUGGAGGAUCUAAUUCAUGAGAUCUAUACAGUUGGGAAACGCUUCAAGGAAGCAAAUAACUUCCUGUGGCCCUUCAAAUUAUCUUCCCCUCGAGGUGGAAUGAAGAAAAAGACAACUCACUUUGUAGAAGGUGGAGAUGCUGGCAACAGGGAAGACCAGAUAAACAGGCUUAUUAGACGGAUGAACUAAGGUGUCGCCCAUGAUAUUUUUUUUUUUUUAAAAAUCUGGUCAGUUAAUAAACAGUCACAGCUUGGCAAAUUGAAA